UCUUUACGUGCCGACAUGAACGUGACCAAAAUGGCGCUGUCCAGUGGCAGGAGUGUGUGCAUGUCUCUGCUGCGGACUUAUCGCACGUUCGGGGCCGUCACUCCGUGGUCGGUGACUCGCGGUUUACGUUCGGAUGCAACGCGCCUGAAGCCCGUGGCUAGCGCCGCCGUAACGUCGCCCGAGCCCGCGCACAGACUGCCCGUCGUCGAAGGUAGCGUGGUCUCGUCGGACGAUGUCGAAGAGACGAGGCGCGUCUUGGAGAGCGUCAACACGCAGAUCGCCGGGAACACGGCGGGUCGCCUUUUCGCCAUCGUCUUCAUCCACGGCAGGCAGUUCAAGGUGACCGCGGAAGACCUGGUGCUCGUUCACGCCGACAUGCCGGUCGACAUCGGGGACUCGCUGCGUCUCGAGAAGGUGCUGAUGGUCGGUGCCCGCGACUUCACACUCCUGGGCCGGCCUCUGCUUGACCGCGGCCUGGUCCGCGUCGAUGCCACUGUCGUAGAGAAGACGCUGUCCAAAACCAAGCGAAACUUCAUCUGCAUCAGGCGGAGCCGUUACGAGAGGCACUACUUCUACCGGUUCGCGUACACCAUACUGCGCAUCAACUCCAUUGAGCUGCUGAGGGAUGUCAAUGCGCCAGCAGAUGGCCAUGACAGCUCCCGAUCACGCGUAGCCUACUGAACAGUGCAUAUCCUUUGGACUGGAAUCCAUGCGCUGAACCCGUUGAAGCAUCACGUAAGAGAAGGCAUUAGUGAUUGAAGAAAGUCAGAUUUCUUCCCCAUGCAUGUCGCGGUUCUCAAAAAAAAAAAAAAGAAAGCAAAGUACUAUACAGGCAUUUGUCGCUUGUUUGACUUCUUUAUUUCCCUAAACUCUUCAAGCCCAGUGUCAUGAUUUCACAGGAUGCAUAUUCUGGGCUUCUAAACGAGAAUGCAGUUUUCAAGCGAGAGAAAGUCAGAUUCUGGUGAGAUGGUCCAACUGUAUCAUGCCAGUUUGUCACCAUCUUUUGCUCAGAAAAUAAAGCUUCAUGUAAAGAGUUUUACAAAGUAUCCGUGCAGGAAUGGGAACUGUAAUAUUCAUCUUUGCAGUGCGAGCAGUUUUACAAACUUCAUGUGAUCCACAAAAAAGAAUUGUUAGAUUUUACAGAAAGUGUCAGAACAGCUUAUAAAUAUGGGGUACCUGCUACUGUGCCUUAGUGACUAAGGUGUUCUGCUGCUGAACACCAGGUUAAGGGUUUGAGUCCUGGCUUCAGUGGCCAUAUUUCAAUGGGGGCAGAAUAAAAAAAAUUUGCAUCUGCCAUGUUUUGUGUUUAUGUUAAAGAUAAGUCGGUUGGUCAGAAUUAUUCUAGAGUUCUCCACUACAGUGUGCCUCAAAGCACAUUGAUAAGCUUCAGAACGUUAAACCUCACAUUUAAUUUUUGAAGUAGUGCGUGGUUCAAUGCGCACAUAUAAAAAUUCAGGCAAAUGCCGCACACAAGUGUGGAAUGCAUGAUGCAAAACUUUGACUAUUUCUUGACAGGGGCUUGGGACCAUGUCUGGCACAUAUGCUGCCUUUAGUUCCAGGGUCCUGGACAAUGGAUGUUUAAAAUAAAUCAAAAUUGUUAAAAAACAACUGCAGCAGGAAGAGGAAGGACAAGCAUUAGCAGAAAAGGGCUCACACUUAUUUGAAGUUGACACUUUGCUUGACUUAAACUGAUGACUCUUAUUAUCACAGCUAUUGCGCAGGUUGUAGUGUAUCCAAGAGAACGGUGUCUGAUACUUUGCAUAACUUUUUUUUUCAUUUACUUCGUCACCCUGCCCCUUUCAAUUCCGUCACUUACAUUGGUAUAUAGAGUUCUUUGAAAACCUUGAAAUAUCAACACGCCAUAUUCAAGGCCUUCAAAACCCUUAAACUUUUAGGGUGGUGCUGUAAAAUUUUAAUCUUUUACUGAGCUUAGGAGAUUUUCUUAUGAUGUUCUGAAGCAAAAAGUUGGUGCAAUCUAAUAGUAGAACCAAUGAAUACUGGUUAACAUCCUUGCGAUGGCGCUUGGUGGCUUUAUGUAUUCCCAUUUCGUACAAUGCAAAGAGUUAUUGGCGAAUUGCUGGCUAAUAGCUAGUGUAUUAAUUUGAAACUAUCAUGCAUAAUGCUGCUUGAGUGCAUGAAAAUUCUUUGUCACAGCUUGGAAGUCCUUCAAAACCUUUGUCAGCUGUUGUUUGUUCAGUUCCUUCUUGUCACUACGUCUGUGAAAAACACCAAGUGGCCUAUCCAUCAGCCUCAUCCACAGCAAGUCUUGAAAUGAGUUCCAAAAGGCUGUUGUAUAAGUUGCAAAAGACCUUGUUACAUGCCACUGCCCUUUCUUCCCUCUCUUAGUUGUGUGCUAUAGUUGAGCUGGCUCCUGCUAUCUAAAAGAAGAAAACUGUUCUCAUAGUUAAAAAAAAAACUGUCAGCCUGUGCAUCUUUGUAUUGCUGAAAUGUGGGUGUGCAUUGCUUCAUUCAGGAAGUGCAAGCAAGGCACAGAAAUUGUUGCGCACAUUACAAGAUGUUUGGAAAGUGUCAAGAAUGACUGAUGUUCAUACCAGGCAUAUGUGCAUGUUCAUGUAAUGUGUUGUACUUGUAGAUGAUGUAAAUAUUCAUGUUUGAUUAAAGUAUAAACCU